AUGACUCAGGGCUGGUCCCCGACCUUGGCACAUCAGGUGGAACAUGCGGGCGGAAGGUGGGAGGUCAUGAACUUCUCUUCAGCAGCCGUCGAGGCUUUUUUGAGGUUUCUUUACUCCGGAAAGUUGGCCACAAAUAUGACGGUUGCUAUUGAAGCAUCCCUGAUGGCGGAGAUCUAUGGCAUACAGGAGCCCUCAAAGAUUUGCGAAAAGAAGUUGAUGAAUGGCACGUCACUAUCUGAUGUUUAUGCCAUGCUGGAAGUGGCCCAUAGAUUUCCUGACGUCGGUGACACGCUGCGAGGGGCCUGCUUGAGAGCUCUCCUGGCAGAUCCUGAACAAAGCCUUCAAGAUGCGUGGCAGCUGAGUCCAAAGCUGCUCGAAGAGCUGCUGGCGACUGCCACGAAUGACAUUGGAGAUUAUGAGCUUGCCAAGAUGAUUCUCUCAUGGCAGGAGAAGAAUCCGAACCAAAGCUUUGCCACCAUGUUGCAGGCCCACGUGAGCUUGGGGGGCCUCAGCGAGGACCGCUACUCAGACAUUCGGACAUAUGCAGAGAAUGUUGGUCUGGGAUUUGCGGUGGAUCAGAUGUGGGCACACGCGCAGGCCGCUACAGGCGAUUGGACACCCGACCUCUUCAAGUACAUGGAAGCAAAAUGGCAAGAACAGUGCCAGGAACAUCGCCGCUCGAUGCCCUUUGUAGGCUGCUGGAUGAACCUGAUUCCGAGCAGCCUGGGCUGGAAGCCGCCUCAUCACUCACACGGGCCGCACAAGGCACAGGAGGAGGUCGCACGCAACGUGCUGAACCUGGAGCUUCAGCCAGGUGAAGCAAUGACUUGGUUCCUGCCCAUCCACACAAUCCAUGUGAGUGGUAUCAGCUUCACGGAGCCUGUAGCCGGAAUUGUUCCUAAUGGCGAAGCUUGUGUGGAAGUCUUCAGUUCCAGCAACGGAUGCACAUGGGACUUGCUGUGGUCUUCUGCACGUAACAACUUUUCCUGCCGCACGAAGGAGCGUGUCAGGUGGUUUAAGAUCAGUGCCAAGCAUGAGUUCUUCUCGAACAAGCUUCUGAUACAGGGGGUCGUUCAUGCCGGUUGA